ACAUUGUUCAAAUGUCAUAAUCAAAUAAAAAUAAGAAAUUUGCCUGGUCCUAAAAUGCCAAAGGCAAAGAAAUCGGCAACAAAAGCCAAAUUAAGAAAAACUCAACAUGAUUUAUUACAAUCUUGCAGAUUGUGUGGGAUAAUAGGUGGAAAUCGGGUUCCUAUCAUUCAGGAAACAAUGACAAUAGGCGAUGAUACUUGCAUAGAUGAAAGUAAUGAAAUACAAAUUAACAAAAAAAUUCAAGACUGUUUAUCCAUUGAGGUAAAAUAUGGAGAUAAUUUGCCACCACUUAUUUGUGUUAUUUGCUUAAACAAAUUGAAUGAUUUCUAUGAAUUCCGAAUUAUGUGUUCUGAAACUAAUAUAAGACUACACAAGGCUUUGGGUAUAUCUAUAGAUAAACCACAGCCUGUUGGAAUGGUUGUUUCUACUGGAACUGCGGACAAUCAGUUAGAUUGCAUUCUUGGUGUAGCAGGACCAGUAUUUUUUCAACCAUCUUCAUCUACAAAUAAAGAAGUAAACAAAAAAAUAACACCAAUAAAAAAAGAAAGUAAAAUUAAAUAUAAAGCACCUGAAGCAAAUGAUGAAGAUGAUGACAAGCCACUAAUAAAGAGAGUUAAGGUUAAAAUGAAAUUCUUGGAAGCCUAA